CGCAGCCCCUGCUGUGCCCAGUACUCUCCUGGUGUCCAGGGCAGCAGUGGCCCAGGCCUGAUGAGGGACGAGAGCCAGAGAAGCACCAUGGAAACACUCGGAAAGCCCUGGGCCAGGGGCCUGGGCAGGCAGGCCUACGGUCGGGCCCCAGGGCUGUCGUACAGCAGGGUGUCCACCUCCGCCCGCUGCAACCACAGGCGCUGCUGCGUGUCGGCCUACUACUCAACUCACCCUGCCAGGUAGGGCGGGGGGUCCCCCGCCGUCAGAGGGGAGCCCCACCCUGCACCUGGCUCCCAGCCGGGCGGGUUCAAGAGGAGCUCCUUUACUCCCCUGCUUCCCCACCGGCCGCGCACUCCCCAGGGCCCUGCCGGAGACAGCGGGGCGUGGCCGUCCGAGCUCUGGGCCUCCUGGGUGGACGUGCCGCUGUGAUGCGCCGCCCAUUUACGGGGGCUCUCGCUCUGGCCUCGUCUUCAGUGAGGGACUGGCCCCGAACGGCACCGGCACCUGCACCUGGGAGAGAGGAGCGAGGCAGAGGCAGGUGGCCGGACAGGUGCAAGCGCCUGUGCCCGGCAGGGAAGUCCCCAAACCAGCUCCGCCCCAUGGGGGAGGGACAGGCCACGCCCCUGGGCGCGCCCCUCUCAGCUCCUGUUAGCUGGGGGGGCGGUGCUUGAUUCAAGCCCCACCCUGAGCGUCACCGCCAAGGCCGAGGGGCGGAGCUGACUGCUGGCGGAAGAGCCCUGUUGGGGACAGGCCGGAGCAGAGCAGCGCACGCUAGGGGACCCUUGGGGACGGACAGGAUGGGCAGCCGCUCGCUGUCGGAGGACUACCGCCUGUGCCUGGAGCGCGAGUUGCGGCGCGGGCGCGCGGGCGUGUGCGGGGACCCGUCGCUGCGCGCGGUGCUCUGGCAGAUCCUAGUGGAAGACUUCGACCUGCACGGGGCGCUGCAAGACGACGCGCUAGCGCUGCUCACUGACGGCCUGUGGGGCCGCGCCGACCUGGCCCCGGCGCUGCGCGGCCUGGCCCGGGCCUUCGAGCUGCUGGAGCUGGCCGCUGUGCACCUGUACUUGCUGCCCUGGAGGAAGGAGUUCACCACCAUCAAGACAUUCUCUGGGGGCUACGUGCAUGUGCUGAAGGGCGCGCUGUCGGAGGACCUCCUUGUCCAGAGCUUCCAGAAGAUGGGCUACAUGCCAGGGGACAACCACUGCCUCAUGGUGACCGCCCCGCCACCUGCCUGCCAGCUGGUGCAGGUGGCCCUGGGCUGCUUCGCCCUGCGGCUGGAGUGUGAGAUCCUGGGAGAGGUGCUGGCGCAGCUGGGCACCAGCAAGCUGCCGGCCGAGGUGCUGCUGCAGGCACGGCGGGCCAGUGUGGACGUGAGCUCCUGCGUGGCGUGGCUGCAGCAGAGGCUGGCCCGGGAGGAAGAGCCACCGCCCCUGCCCCCUCGGAGCUCCCCGGCUAGGUUCCGGGCCCAGCUGGACCUGUACCGGGACCUGCAGGAGGACGAGAGCUCGGAGGAGGCCAGCCUGUACGGAGAGCCCUCCCCAGGCCCGAGCUCACCCUCCCCAGAGGCUGUCUACCGGCCACUGCCCUGGGAGCAGAGUGCCCGGCUGUGGGGCGCUGGUGGGGAGGCCUGGGAGUCCCUGGAGGAGGCUGCGGUGCCACAGCGGACCAGCAGCCCACCCCAAGGAGCCUUAGAGGAGGAAGAGCAGGAGCCGGAGGCCUUUUUCCUGUCUCUGCAUCCAGAGCGGCUGAAUCAGCCUAGGCACCGGGCCGCCCCACAAGGCCCUGGGAGCCCCAGCCCCCAGCACACACACGGGCCCGUCCCCGAGUCCCCGGGCUACCAGGCGCACAACUGCCUGGCCCCUGGCGUCCUGCCCGCCCUCUGCUGCCACACGUGCCGCCAGCUGCACACUGCCCAUUGCGUGGCCCUGCCCGCCUGCCGUCGGGGCCACGAGCUGCACACACUGCUGGGCGACACGCAGCAGCGCCUGUGGUUGCAGCGGGCGGAGGUGGACACCCUGCUGUACGACAGCCCUGGGGCCCGACCGUAGGCCUGCCUGCCCAGGCCCCUGGCCCAGGGCUUUCCGAGUGUUUCCAUGGUGCUUCUCUGGCUCUCGUCCCUCAUCAGGCCUGGGCCACUGCUGCCCUGGACACCAGGAGAGUACUGGGCACAGCAGGGGCUGCGGUGUGGACAGCCUAGGCCCACAGGCGGGAGGUGAGCUCUUGCUUCCAGGGAAAGCCCUUGCCCCCUCCCCCUGUCCCCACCACCCAGACCUAGACCAAAAUGUGCUGGAUGAAGGACUCUGGCCCAUCAAGGCACCUGAGCCUGUCCCCGGGAAGGGCCCUUCCCCCCACACAGCAGGGGCGUGGCAGUCAGCUUGGAGUUCCUGACCCACUCCCUGCAGGUUGUGACCUAGGAGAUGCUGCCUCCUGCCAGUGUUGCAGGGGACCUGGAGGUGACACUGAGCCUGGGCUCUGAGGACUCUGCCAGGUGCAUGGCUGACCUGCCCAGGCUCAGCCUUGGGGGAAAAGCUGGCCCCACGGGCAGAGAGUGACUGGACCUCGUGUCAGGGCAUGGAGGCGCUGGGAGCUCUGGGUCCUGGGCAGUAGCAGCAGGGCUGAUGGAGCCUGGGGCUGUGAGGCCACUUGGGGCACCAGCACCCAGCUUCCCAUGAAACCCACCCAGGCCCCACAGUCAGCACUUGUCUGGGCUCCAAGGCCAAGGCAGGCAGGGGCAGCCCUUUCCCAGGUUCCAGGAACCACUCACCCACUGGACUGGUGGGUGGCUGGCCUGGUAUCCAUGCCCACCCCCUUCUUCCCAGCUACUGCCCUCCCAGGACAGGGUCUCAAGUACAUUAAAGGACACGGGACCCG